AGGAGGAAGAGGGCGGGGAGGGAGCAUAAAAACCCGCCCGCCGCCCUCCUGGCUGUCCCGGGCGAUGCUUCCAAUCCCGAGGCGAGAGGCGUGCCAAUCCUCCUUCGAGAGGUGGGCGGCGGUAGCGAGGCGCUCCAAACUUCCAGCAUCGCCGGGGCAAAGCAGGAGCAAAGCGGGAGCAUGCACGGCGGAGGCAGCGGCGCCCACGCGGGAGGCUUUCCACGCGCCCUGCCAUGAGGCCUCGGCAUCCCAGUGACUGGUACAAACCUACCUACAUGUAUAGAGUGUGGCAAAGAACACUGGAAGGUGGCUAAAAGUCAGUCAUGUCUCCAGUUUGGCAUACCAUUUCAACUCUUAAUGUGAACUACAAGCAACUGGCAUGCCUUUUGGUCUUCACCAUAAAUAUGUGUCUAAGUGCCCCUGGGAUGUGUCCUUCAGCUUGCAUUUGUGCUAGUGACAUUGUAAGCUGCACCAGCAAGAACCUUUCCAGAGUGCCGUCAACACUCUUCAAGCACAUAAAAAGACUGGAUCUCAGCCACAACCGCAUUGGGAUUUUGGAUCAUGACUGGAUGCCCGUCCUGCUUGAGAAGAUGACCACCCUCAUUCUCAGUCAUAACAGCAUCACCUUGAUUUCUCCAGGAAGCUUUUCUAUGAUGACAAAUGUGAAGUACCUAGACCUGUCAUCCAACAACCUGAGGUCAUUGGGCAGUCCUGUCUUCCAGGAACUGCAAGUGCUAGAGGUACUGCUGCUUUAUAACAAUCAUAUUGCACAGGUUGAUUCGGCUGCUUUUGGAGGGAUCCACAAACUGCAGAAACUCUAUUUGAGCUACAACGCUCUCACUCACUUCCCAAUAGAUUUGUACAUUGGGAAGUAUAAACUUACUGAACUUGUGCUCUUAGACAUUUCUUACAAUCGAAUCCAGUCAAUACCUAUUAACUACAUGCGCUUAGUGCCAGCCAGGCAUCUGAGUGGAAUUUACCUUCAUGGGAAUCCAUUUUAUUGUGACUGUGCUCUUUACUCCAUGCUAAGCUUCUGGUACCUUCGACACUUUAGCUCUGUGGAGGAUUUCAAAGCUGAGUAUACAUGUGUUCUGAGGUCAGACCACAAAACGGCCAACAAACUGCCUUUAUUGCAUGACAACUAUUUGAAUUGCUCAGAAAGCACCAUCAAUGGCUCUUUCCAUGCAUUUGGAUUCAUUCAUGAAGCCCAACUUGGAGAGAGGUUAAUAGUGCCAUGUGACACGAAAAUUAGUGAUGCGGGCACCAAGUUCAUCUGGAUCAGUCCAAACAAUCAAUCUCUGGAGCCUGACGUGACCACUGAACACUUCAGAGUGUUUCAAAAUGGGAGUCUGGAGAUAGACGAGGCCCAAUAUGAGGAUGCUGGACUUUAUUCCUGCAUUGCAAUAAACAAGAAAAGACUCUUGAAUGAGACGAUUGAGGUGAGGAUAAAUGUAAGCAAUUUCACCGUGGACAGGUCGCACUCAUAUGAGACAUUUAACACUGCUUUUACUACACUCGCAGCUUGUAUAGCCAGUAUUAUUUUGGUACUUGUUUACCUCUACCUGACACCAUGCCCUUGCCGAUGUAAGUCGCAGAGGAAAAAAAGACAGCUGGACCAAAGUAACAUGCCUCAUGCCUCUAUAUUGACCACCAAUUCACCCCUUGAACUUUCAGGCGAUGAAAAGAAAGCAAGCAGUGGCAAAAGGGUUGUAUUUCUUGAACCUGUGAAGGAGCCAAAGCCAGGACAGAAUGGGAAAAUAAAGAUGUUUCCCAAUGAGAACCUCAUUGCGGAAAGUAUCCUAAAAAACCCUCGAACCAAAUCCGAAUCCGAUUCUGUGAAUUCGGUGUUUUCAGACACACCUUUCAUGACAUCUUCCUAGUUUCCUGCCUGUAUUCAUGUCAUGCGGUGAACUCAGAAGCUUCCCUGCAUUUAGCUACUCUUAAAAAAAAAAAAAGGAUGGUGGGUUUUUAAGAAACAAAUGUCAAGGUGUGAAAUGAAAAGUGACUGUAAUUAUGCUCAGGUUUUUUUCCUCUCAAAGUGACGGGUGAGAACAUAACCACUAAUCUGUAAGAGUGGUGCUAAAUCUGGGAAGGAGCCCAUUGCUACAUGACUGUUGCCGCUCUCCAAUAUAAAGCAGUUGCAUUGUGGUAUACACUGCUUUUAUUUUAGUCUUUCUGCUUAAAGGAGGGUAAGGGGGUCACAUUUGUGCACUGCUCCCAUUCAUGAAAGUGUCAGAAAACUUUCCAUCCAAUUCGAACAUUAGCUGCUCUCCCUGUCUAGAACUGGAAUUGUUAUAAUAUCAGGGAUUACAAAAGUAAUCAGGCUUCCUCCUGGAGUUUAGAAGUGAUGAGAUAAAUAGCCAUUUAUUCAGCUUCUGGUUUUUGCCUGGAAGCACUGCGCACAUUAAAAAUAAGAUGAAGUUAUACAAACCAGAAUAUUCCAAAAUAAGUUUUUACAUACAUUUUGAAAUGGGAUUUUGGGAAUAUUUCCCCUCUUUUGUAUCCUGGAAUAUUAAUAGCCAGAAAAUAAUAUACAAUUACUUGCUCUAAGAAAGCUUUUACUAAUUGUAAGCCUUGCCAGACAACGUUCUGCCCAAGGUUGUGACCAUUUAAGCCUCAACGGUUUAUAUUCUGAAAAGGAGAGUUCAUUUUGAUCCUGAAGCAGAGUGAUAUUAAACAGGUAUGGUUUACCUACCAGUACAAGGAUGAGAACAUUGCAUUUUUGGGAUUUCUAUCUUUCUUCAUCAUUCUUAAGGGGACAACAGCCAUGUUGGCUCUGGAAUGUGGCCUAGCCUGUCUGUUUGUACUGAAAUAUGUGUGUCAGUAUGUGUGUGAAUUGUGGCUUGCAUAGAAAAUACCUUGAGAAAUCAGAGUUAGUUUUGUAAGCAAAGCAGCCAGAAUUUGUACAAUUAGAUGUUUUUAAUAAGAACUAUUGCACUUUGAAUACUUAAGUUGAACUAAUGAGAGCCAUAAUGGAAACGGUCAAACCCAAAUUGACUAACCCUGCUGCAGCCUUUCCUCCCCAUUAUCAGCAAUGAAAUGGCUUGUGUGCCCGGACAUCCCUAGCAGACAGUGGAAGUUGGUUGCAUGCAAUUUACUGACUGCAGCCUUACUUAGUAGAUUUGAAACAAAUUCGGCUCAUUUUACCAGCAGCAUAAAAAUGGCAGUGAUUUCACAAAAAAAUGUGUUUUGUGGUUUUAAUACUGAAAGCAUAAUUGAGCUACUUAUCUCUGGACUGAUCCGCUCUGAAAGUGUUCCUUUCCUGUAAGAAGACUCAAAUUUUGUAGGAAUACGCUUUCAUGGUAAAAUGCAUUAACAGGCAUAUGUUUUAGCAUACUUUGUAUUACAAACUGAAAUACUGGUUUUUUGUUCCUGAAACAAAGUUCCCAGUGUGCUUAGUUUCGCUUCUACUAGUCACACUCCAAUCGAAGAGAUAUACAUUGCUACAGUGGCACUCAGAUUGGUGUGUUGCCAUGGCUUCAGAGGCAUCCUGCACUUAGAGGUAAGGAGGGGAGCUUGCCGUAAUGUGUUAUUUGUCAGUUACAGUUGUCGUACAGAGAGGUCUAUGCUAAAUAAUAAUCCUAUGAAGUAUGUGUGUCUCCAGAUUUUUUUUGUCCUACAAAUCCCAUCCACCCCAGGCAAUACAGCCAGUGGUGGGAGGUUUUGAGAGUGGCAGUCUAAUCUAAAUGACUAUGCCUUCCCCAGUCUUGACAUACAGUUCUGUAUGAUGGGCUUCAAGGAAUGAGGUUAGAACAACUUGGUUCUUGGUCUACCACAUUCCUCCUCCAUCCUCUCACUUGUGGAAGUUCCACAAGCCUUAGAUCCUGGAUCAUCACUGUUUCAACAGCCAUGCCUUGCUGAUGUCCACAAGUUUGAUUUCAUUCAAGCCCUUGAAGCUGAUACAGUAGUCCAAAUGAUCAAGGAUAUCCUGUUCAUAAACAUUUUAGGAUUAUUAUAAUAAAAAUGGCAACUCUCUGUAGUCAAUGUAGACCUGACUUCCAUUUUUUAGGUCCAGUUGUUCAUCUCUUACAAAUAAGAAGUGUUUCUCUCAUGGAGGUCUUAGUUAGCAGCUAACAUUAAGAGAUGCAAUAGGGCAGCUUACAGUUCUACCAUCUCUGCUCCUUGAGAUUCCAUGUGAUCUUCAUAUAGCUCUUGAUUAAUAAAGUAUCUUGAAAUAAA